ACCCCGUUUUACCGUACCUUAACAUACUUCGAAGUGAAAUGAAACGCAUUUAUCAGUUCUGCAGCUGUGACAUCAACAGCUGAUAUAAUUAUGUUUAAAAAUGUCAAAAAAAGACUACAGUAAAUGAUGCAAAUUGUAAACUAAAGUCCAAAGUACAGCAGUGUCGAUAACCGGUUUUAAGUAAUAUAAUUAGUCAAUGAACAUAUGAAGUCAGUCAGUAUACUGUAUAAACUCAACAUGUCUCUGGCCCCUAAAGUCCUUCUAUCCAGUGCAUCGCGUCAAAAGUGUAUAGCUAAUCUGAACGAAUUGCCAUCGUUAACUAAGAAUAUUGCAAAAAAACAUGCGUCUGUAUUAGUUCCUUUGUGUGUGGAGAAUGAUGAAGUAUGCUUGUUAUAUACCUUGAGGUCUUCUAAUUUAAGCAGCCAUAGUGGCCAAGUGUCGUUCCCUGGAGGAAAAAUGGACAGAGAUGAAACCGUGAUCGAAACCGCGCUCCGUGAGACAGAAGAAGAGAUUGGUGUUGGUGCAGAAAAUAUAGAAAUAUGGUCAAAAAUGUGUAAAGUUGAUGGUCGCUCCUCACAAAUUGUGAUAACACCUGUUGUUGGUCUUUUAAAAGACUUUGAUAUGAAGAAGUUACAACCCAGUGAAGAUGAGGUAGCCGAGAUAUUUACUGUUCCAAUGAAGGUCCUUUGUGACAAGAAUAAUCAUGGCUGUUUUAUGUAUGACAACAUUACUAUACCUGUAUACAAUGGUGGCAAACACAUAGUAUGGGGCAUUACAGGAAUCAUUACGCAUCUGUUUCUUCAAUCAUUUCUACCUAAUGAAGUUUAUUCACCAAAUUUUACAAGACAAGAGUAUAAGCUAAAUGAAUUGAUGCCUGCCAAGCUUUAGACAUAAUU